GGGUACUAAGAAAAUAUUCAACGUGUAUGUCAAUCGAGUUAACACGUCUUGGUAAAAUAUUUAAACAAAUUCCCAACAUAUUUAUGUAAAGAUGGUUUUUGCCAUGAAUUCGAUUUAUUAAGCGGUUGAUUGUGUUGGAUAAAAGGUGCGGCAGUGGGUGUGCAAUGUUAAUACAGCUGAUCCUAUAUAGUGUGUGGUGAGGAGGAUUUAAAAAAUGAUUUUUAAUCUUCCAUAUAUUCAUGUCAUCGUCCUGGUUACAACGUUUACAGUAAGCGCAGAUCAACAUUACAGUAGAUUAGAAAGACAGAGAUACGAUGGUUGGUUCAAUAACCUAGCUCAUCCGGAAUGGGGUUCAGUCGACAGUCAUUUAAUACGACGGGCCCCAUCGGCAUAUGCAGAUGGAGUCUACAUGAUGUCUGGCCAAAACAGACCUAGUCCAAGAAAGUUGAGCCGACUGUUCAUGAAGGGAUUGGACGGAUUGGGCUCGAUGAGCAACCGAACGGCUCUUUUGGCCUUUUUCGGUCAAAUGGUAACGUCGGAAGUGGUGAUGGCCAGCGAGAGUGGCUGUCCCAUCGAGAUGCAUCACAUAGAAAUAGAGAAAUGCGAUGAAAUGUACGACAAAGAGUGCAAGGGCAACAAAUACAUUCCCUUUCAUCGGGCAGGUUACGACAGGAAAACGGGUCAGAGUCCCAACGCACCCAGGGAACAGCUAAAUCAAGUCACAAGCUGGAUAGAUGGAAGUUUUAUUUAUAGUACCAGUGAACCUUGGAUCAACACAAUGAGAUCUUUCAACAACGGAACUUUGUUAACCGAUAAGUCAGGAAAAAUGCCAGUCAGAAACUCUAUGCGGGUCCCCUUAUUCAAUAACCCGGUACCCCACAUGAUGAAGAUGUUAAGCACCGAAAAGUUAUUUCUUCUUGGAGAUCCACGAACGAAUCAAAACCCAGCUUUGCUAACAAUCAGCAUUCUGUUCUUCCGAUGGCAUAACGUAGUGGCGAACAGAAUUCAAAAAGAACAUCCGACUUGGAGUGACGAAGAUGUUUUUCAAAAGGCCCGUCGCUACGUAGUGGCUACGCUGCAAAACAUCAUUAUGUAUGAAUAUUUGCCAGCCUUUUUGGGUGAACACCUGCCGAAGUACGAUGGCUACAAACAAGAUGUACACCCUGGAAUAACACACGUAUUUCAAAGCGCUGCCUUUAGGUUUGGACAUUCGCUGAUACCUCCGGGUCUGUAUAGGAGAGAUGCUAAAUGUGAUUACAAAAAAACACCGAUGGGAUAUCUUGGUUUAAGAUUGUGUUCCACGUGGUGGGAUUCAAAUGAUGUGUUAAGCAGCAAUUCAUUAGAAGAACUACUAAUGGGUAUGACGUCCCAAUUAGCUGAAAGAGAAGAUUCCGUUUUAUGUUCAGAUGUGAGAGAUAAAUUAUUUGGUCCAAUGGAAUUCUCUCGUAGAGAUUUAGGUGCUCUUAAUAUAAUGCGAGGAAGAGACAAUGGUUUACCAGAUUACAACACAGUCAGAAUGUAUUAUAAACUACCCAAAAUUACAAACUGGUCAGACAUUAAUCCAAAGCUAUUCAACGAAAAACCAGAAAUUUUAAGAUUAUUAGUUAGCGCCUACAACAACAACAUUAAUGACAUUGAUGUGUAUGUUGGUGGUAUGUUGGAGAGUUACGGCAGACCAGGCGAAUUAUUUACUGCUGUAAUUAAAGAACAGUUCGCAAGAAUUAGAGAUGCCGAUCGAUUUUGGUUCGAGAACGAAGACAAUGGCAUUUUUACAAAGAAAGAAAUAGAAGCAAUUAAGAAAAUCACAUUCAAAGAUAUUAUUAUAAGCAGCACGAAUAUCCAGCCAGAAUCCAUACAAAAACAUGUAUUCUUCUGGGUAGAAGGAGAUCCCUGCCCACAACCAAUGCAACUUAACACAUCCUUAAUGGAACCGUGCCAAAUUUUAUCGGGUUACGAUUAUUUUGAAGGCAACGAGGUAGUAUACAUAUACUCAUGCGUGUUUUUGGGUUUCGUACCGAUAUUAUGUGCCGGAGCGGGGUACGGAGUGGUGAAGUUACAAAACAGGCGUAGAAGGCGUUUAAAAAUUCGACAGGAAGAAUUACGUAAAAGUGGUGAAGCCAAAUUAUCUGUAGAUACAAUGAUAGUUCACGAAUGGCUUCACGCUAAUCACAAGCGACAAGUCAAAGUUAAGUUUGGACCUGACGCUGAAAUAAACAUUAUGGGUAGAAAGGGCGAAAAACUUCGAACGAUUAGCUUUAAAAAUACGAUUAAUAUAGAAGUCGAGGAGUCUCUGGAAGUCACCUCGAAAAAGAAACCCAUGGUUCUUGUCCACGUUCCGAGAGAUCACGAUUUGGUUCUAGAAUUGGAAUCUAUUGGAACUAAAAAGAAAUUCUUAAAUAAACUGGAACUGUUCUUAACUUCGCACAAAAAGAACUUAAUAUGUAAUCAGAUGGUUAGGGAAUUAAUGCUAGCCAAGGCAGAAACCAGACAAAGAAGGGAAAAGAAACUGGAACACUUUUUCAGAGAGGCUUACGCUCUAACGUUUGGUCUUCGUCCCGGAGAACGUAGACGCAGAUCCGAUACAUGUAUGGAUGGAGAAGUUGUAACAGUUAUGCGUACAUCGUUAACAAAAAGCGAAUUCGCCAACGCUUUAGGCAUGAAACCAGAUGCUGUUUUUGUCAAGAAAAUGUUUAAUAUAGUCGACAAAGACGGAGAUGGCAGAAUAUCAUUCCAGGAAUUUUUAGAUACAGUUGUGUUAUUUUCUCGUGGUAAAACAGAAGAUAAAUUAAGAAUAAUAUUUGAUAUGUGCGAUAACGAUGGCAAUGGUGUUAUUGAUAAAGAAGAAUUUUCUGAAAUGUUACGAUCUCUUGUAGAAAUUGCUAGAACAACCAGUCUCUCUGAUGAUCACGUGACGGAACUCAUAGAUGGAAUGUUUGAGGAUGCUGGAUUGGAAUAUAAAGAAUGUCUUACAUACAAAGAUUUUAAAUUAAUGAUGAAAGAAUAUAAAGGCGAUUUCGUAGCGAUUGGAUUGGAUUGCAAGGGUGCAAAACAAAACUUCCUUGACACAUCCACCAACGUUGCACGAAUGACCAGUUUCCAAAUUGAACCGAGUGUCGAUGUGGAUAAAAACUACUUUAGAUUGAAGUGGGAUAGUCUUACAACAUUUUUAGAAGAAAAUAGACAAAAUAUAUUUUAUUUAUUUAUUUUUUAUGUUAUAACUAUCGCACUAUUUGUUGAGAGAUUCAUUCAUUAUUCAUUUAUGGCUGAACAUACCGAUUUGAGACAUAUAAUGGGAGUAGGAAUUGCUAUAACAAGAGGUUCAGCAGCAUCUCUCUCAUUUUGUUACAGCAUUUUGCUAUUAACAAUGUCCAGAAAUUUAAUAACUAAACUUAAAGAGUUUUCCAUCCAACAGUACAUUCCUUUAGAUACACAUAUUCAAUUUCACAAAAUUGCAGCUUGUACUGCUCUAUUUUUCUCCUUGCUGCACACUGUAGGACACAUUGUCAAUUUUUAUCAUGUAUCAACACAACCUAUCGAAAAUUUAAAAUGUUUAACUAAUGAAGUUAGAUUUCCUUCAGAUUAUAAACCAGGAAUUUCAUUCUGGCUAUUUCAAACUAUUACAGGUGUGACAGGUGUGCUUCUGUUCGUUAUAAUGAGCGUUAUUAUAGUAUUUGCCCAUCCCACCAUCAGAAAGAAAGCAUACAAAUUCUUCUGGUUCACUCACAGUCUUUAUGUGCUCUUAUAUGCAUUGUCCUUAAUUCACGGACUAGCUAGACUAACAGGAGCUCCAAGAUUUUGGAUAUUCUUUAUUGGGCCCGGAAUUAUCUUUGCCAUCGAUAAGAUCGUGAGCUUAAGAACAAAAUAUAUACCACUAGACGUAAUAGAAACUGAACUGUUACCAUCAGAUGUGAUAAAAAUAAAAUUCUACAGACCUCCAAACUUAAAGUACCUUUCCGGUCAGUGGGUAAGACUUGCAUGUACGGCAUUUAAAGUGCACGAAUUCCACUCGUUCACUCUAACAUCCGCACCACACGAAAACUUCCUGUCCUGCCACAUAAAAGCUCACGGUCCUUGGACAUGGAAGCUAAGAAAUUAUUUUGAUCCUUGCAAUUUCAAUGCGGAAGAUCAACCGAAAAUUUUAUUGGAAGGACCAUUCGGUGGCGGCAAUCAAGACUGGUAUAAAUUCGAAGUGGCUGUUAUGGUCGGAGGUGGCAUAGGUGUGACACCGUAUGCGUCAAUAUUGAACGAUCUGGUAUUUGGAACCUCGACGAAUCGAUAUUCUGGAGUAGCUUGCAAAAAGGUGUACUUUUUGUGGAUUUGUCCAUCACACAAACAUUUUGAAUGGUUCAUUGAUGUUUUAAGAGAUGUAGAGAAAAAAGAUGUCACCAACGUAUUAGAAAUUCACAUAUUUAUAACUCAAUUUUUCCACAAAUUUGAUUUAAGAACAACAAUGUUGUAUAUUUGUGAGAAUCAUUUCCAACGUCUGGCAAAAACAUCAAUAUUUACUGGUCUGAAAGCUGUAAAUCAUUUUGGUAGGCCAGACAUGACAUCCUUCUUGAAAUUUGUGCAAAAACGCCAUAGUUACGUAAGCAAGAUAGGAGUAUUCAGCUGUGGACCAAGACCCCUAACAAAGAGUGUGAUGUCAGCCUGUGAUGAAGUUAAUAAAGGAAGAAAGCUUCCAUAUUUUAUUCAUCAUUUCGAAAACUUUGGCUAAAUUUAUUUUAUUAACUGUAGAUUAACUGCAUGUAUAUAUUUACUGUACAGUAUUUUGUUCCGUCCGAAUAGCGAAAAUGUACUUAUAUUUUUAUAUAUAAAUUUAUUAUUUUAUUAUACGAAUAAAUGUGUUUGUACAUUA